AGGUGCUGAGCUGAGUUUGGCAAAGCAUGUCAUUGGACCAAGAUGCAGAGUCUGCUGGCAAACACCUGCCCAGCAAGAAGCCAACAUCUCCCUCCAUUUGCCCCCAAGGACAGCAGAAGCUCAGGACUGGAGUGAAGAGCCCAAGACCAGCUUUCUUCACGAGUGUCAGUGUGCCAGAUUCCAGGCACCCAGCUCGAGACGGUAUGUUGGUGACAAAGUCAGGAGUGUUCCAGCGACAGAACUCUAUCUCAAAGACCAUCCGCAGGAGCACAGCUGAGUGGUUCGGAUUGGGAACUGACUGUGAUUUGGAUCAACACAAUUGGCAACGUAAGAGCUGGAGACACUGUAGCCAAAGGUAUGGGAAGCUGAAAGCACAGUACCAGAGGAACAUGGGAAUUCCCAAUCUGGAAUCUGAUCCUUUUUUAACAGUGGAUUCACCAGAUCCCUGUAAAGUGCCAAAGAUCAUUGAUCCUUUUGCACAGGGCUGUGUGCUUCAAUAUGCUGACACUGUGGAUCAGUCUGGGACUCCCCACCCAGCACAGACUCCUCUCAAUUCACUUGGUUCAUUUCGAAACUCCCAGUCGGGAUAUGUGGGAAUGAUCCCCAGGAAACGGGAGUCUGUCGUACGAAUGAGUUUGCGAGCAGCAUCGGCUGUGAUAACGGGUCGUCCUCUUCUGAGACCACCUCCACACAGAAGAAACAAAAAAAGCUUUGUAUAUCCCAGCAACUUUAUGGAAGAUGUCAUUGACAGUCCAGAACCUCUGGACUCCUCAUUUUUUAGUAAGAUCGAUGCUCCUGAUGAAGGUUACUCAAUGCAGGAUGAUGUGUUUGAAUCUCCAUCACUAUCAGAUUCCUGGCCUAGGAUGGACAUGAACUUUGCCAAGAGGCUGCAAGCAUCAUUGCCGUAUUUCACUUACUGGAUCACGUUUGUUCACAUUUUGAUCAGCUUUAUGGCGAUUGGGAUUUAUGGAAUUGUCCCGGUCGGGUUUGCACAGCAUGUGAAAACACAGCUGGUGUUGAGGAAUAAAGGGGUGUAUGAGAGUGUGCAACAUAUACAGCAAGAGAACUUUUGGAUUGGACCAAGCUCGGUUGCUCUCAUUCACCUCGGAGCAAAGUUUUCUCCCUGCUUACGGAGGGACCAGUCCAUUGCAAAACUUAUUGAGAAGCAAAGAGAACAGGAGAGAAACUCUGGCUGUUGUGUUCAGAAUGAUAACUCUGGGUGUGUACAGACGCUGGAGGAAGAUUGUUCGGAAACACUUGCAACGUUUGUAAAAUGGCCAAAGUUGCAGGCCCCCUACUUGGAAUCCACCAAUGGGAGUAGAACAUCUGGGGGAGUGUGCCAUCAGGAUCCAAGAACAUGUGAGGAACCAGCCUCUGCUGAACCACACAUCUGGAAGGAUGACAUUACACAAUGGCCAAUUUGCACUUAUCAAGCAAAGAAGAAACAGACAGGUCUGAAACACCUGGAUUGUGCUAUCAAAGGAAGACCCUGCUGCAUUGGGACAAAGGGCAGAUGUGAAAUCACUACCAGAGAAUACUGCCAGUUUAAGGAUGGAUAUUUCCAUGAGGAAGCAACCUUGUGUUCACAGGUACACUGUCUGGAUGAAGUAUGUGGGUUAUUGCCAUUCCUGAAUCCAGAUGUUCCAGAUCAGAUCUACAGGCUUUGGCUCUCCCUGUUUCUUCAUGCUGGGAUUAUCCACUGCCUGAUUUCCGUGCUAUUCCAAAUGACCAUUCUUCGGGACCUGGAGAAGUUGGCAGGUUGGCUGCGCAUUUCAAUCAUCUACAUCCUGAGUGGAAUGAUGGGAAACUUGGCAAGUGCGAUCUUCCUGCCGUACAGAGCUGAGGUUGGUCCUGCAGGAUCGCAAUUUGGUUUGUUGGCCUGUCUCUUUGUAGAAUUAUUUCAGAGUUGGCCGAUCCUGGAGAAACCAUGGAAAGCCUUGAUGAAGUUGAUGGGAAUUGUUCUUUUUCUUUUUACCUUUGGCUUGUUGCCUUGGAUUGACAAUAUUGCCCAUAUAUUUGGAUUUAUUAGUGGUUUCCUGCUAUCUUUUGCCUUCUUGCCGUACAUUACGUUUGGCCAAAGUGAUAAAUACAGGAAGAUAAUAAUGAUCAUUGUCUCGCUUCUGGUCUUUAUUGGACUUGCAGCAUCUCUGGUGAUCUGGUUCUACAUUUAUCCCACUAAGUGUCACUGGUGUGAAUACCUCACCUGCAUACCAUUCACCAGCAACUUUUGUGAAAAGUAUGACCUCGAUCAAACCAUAAGUGAACAAUAAUUUGGAGCAUGCAGUUUUUGGAUAAAUGAACCAUGAACUUACUGAAAAAGGCAGCUGGGUAAUGGUAACAGAGUUAGUGUAUGCAAAUUGUACAGCCUAUUGUUAGUAAGAUUGAAAAGCUGAAUAGUGUUGUUAGACUGGGCAUUUGGAAAAUGGAAUGCAGUGCUUACUGUGUGAUAGUUUGAAAUGCUGAGAAUAUGACAAUAUCAUCCGAUUACUGCCUUAGUCAAUUACUCUGCUCCACAACUAUUCAACGCAAUAACUCUGUUCUGAGUGUUGUUUAUUGGUUUGCAAACAUUGAUUGUCUUCUCUUUACAAAUCGAGAGGAAGAAACUAAUGUAAAUUGUGAAAAAUCUGCAUUUGCCUGUAACUUCCACAUCUGGACAAUAUAAUCUUUUUGAUGAGUCAUGAAUUUGAUUGAAUGUUUGUUGGUGUAGUUGUAAAGGCAGAUUCUGUUAAACCUACUAAUUAGCAAUGUCUUUGAGGGUUCUGUGUAUGUUGAAUUUUUUUUGCUGUUGAUUUUAUGUUUCUUGCUAGCUUACACUCAUACUUCAUUUUCACUUUCAUUAUGAUUCCAGUUGAUGUUACUACUGGGCCAGUCAGAUCCCAGAAUGAAAUCUGCCUUGAUAAAUCAGUUUUCUAAAUUUAACUUGGUGGUCAUUCACUGAUACAGAGGCACAGAAGAUUGAAGAUUUUUUUAACAAUAAAAUGAAGUUUAUUACAUAAAAAGGGAACAUAAAAUAAAACAAAUCAAGCUAGCAAAUAUAAAUCAGUGUAAAAGAACUGAAGAUACAUGGCAAAACAAAGUCUCACUAUUCUCCAACACCAUCAUCUCAUAGUGAGUCAAAUCCACAAAAAUCACCAUUCCAUACCAACCUUUAAGUUUGACUGUU